UAGGUUGUAGGCGAGCAGCGCGUGUGGCGGACGCCGAACGGCCGGAACCUCACCUGCUGCCGCGACUGAGCCGCCCACCUCGCUGCUGCCUGAGCGCCAUACGCCACGAGCCCUGGCGCAGGCUGGAGGACGCCAAGGAGGCAGGGGGCCAACAGUGCUGACCGGCUGUUGGCCUGCCGCGUUCGCGGCGUGAGACCAGGACCGCCUCUUGCAGCGGUUGCGGGGCCAUCCCGCGCCUGUGCCAUGACCGACUCUCCGCAAAGGGGAUUCUUCUUCAACGGUUGCUGCAAAGAGAGAUGAAAAGCCUGUUAGACCGUGAGACGAGCUCCGGGCCGACCAAUUAGGGGCACUCGGCGGCAGGCCACCCGCGCCUUCCCGGGCUCGUUCUUUUUGCCCCGAGAGGGAGGCCUAGUUCUCCGGGCGCGCGGCGGGCGCAGAGGGGUGGGGCAAGAGGGUCUGGGCAGGGCGCGCGCCGGCGGCAUGUUCCUCCGGAGGCCGCCGGCCCUGGCCGCCUGGCUAGCAGGCGCGGCGGCUGCGGGACGCGCGGGGGCGCGGGGCGGGGGCCUGCUAGCCCUGCUGGCCAAUCAGUGCCGCUUCGUGACGGGCCUGCGUGUGCGGCGCGCGCAGCAGAUCGCGCAGCUGUACGGCCGCCUCUACUCGGAGACCUCGCGCCGCGUCCUCCUCGGCCGCCUCUGGCGCCGGCUGCACGGCCGCCCUGGCCAUGCAUCUGCCUUGAUGGCGGCGCUCGCUGGCGCGUUCGUGUGGGACGAGGAGAGGAUCCAGGAGGAGGAGUUGCAGAGAUCCAUUGAUGAGAUGAAACGGUUGGAGGAAAUGUCACAUGUGUUUCAGCGCUCUGGAGUUGACUGCCACCCUUCAGAACCAAAGUCCCAGCCAGAAGGGAAUGAAGAUUCAGGGGGCAAAGAGCAGCCAUGGGAAAUGGUGAUGGAUAAGAAACACUUUAAGCUGUGGCGGCGCCCUAUUACAGGCACUCACCUUUACCAGUACAGAGUUUUUGGAACGUACACAGAUGUGACACCCCGGCAGUUCUUCAAUGUUCAACUGGAUACAGAGUAUAGAAAAAAGUGGGAUGCCCUGGUAAUCAAGCUGGAAGUGAUUGAGAGGGAUGUGGUUAGUGGUUCUGAGGUUCUUCACUGGGUAACCCAUUUUCCUUAUCCAAUGUACUCCCGAGAUUAUGUUUAUGUUCGACGGUAUAGCGUGGAUCAGGAAAACAAUGUGAUGGUGUUGGUGUCACGUGCUGUGGAGCACCCUAGUGUUCCAGAGUCUCCAGAAUUUGUGAGGGUCCGAUCGUACGAAUCCCAGAUGGUUAUCCGUCCCCAUAAGUCAUUUGAUGAGAACGGCUUUGACUACUUGUUGACAUACAGUGACAAUCCCCAGACUGUGUUUCCUCGCUACUGUGUUAGUUGGAUGGUUUCCAGUGGCAUGCCAGAUUUCCUGGAGAAGCUGCACAUGGCCACUCUGAAAGCCAAGAACAUGGAGAUCAAAGUAAAGGACUAUAUCUCAUCUAAACCUCUGGAAACGGGCAGUGAAGCCAAGGCUACCACCCCGUCUUCAGAGCGGAAGAAUGAGGGUAGUUGUGGCCCUGCCCGGAUCGAGUACGCUUGAAGGGCUUUGGGAUAAGAAGGGACAGGCUGCUUCUAGCCCUGUCUCAGUUCCUUAUCUGCUACAGGAUGGGGACAUUAGAAAGCGUCUGCUGUAACCACCAGUGCAAGAUAACUCAAUAGCUGGUGUCCAAUUUCAUUCAGAGCCAUUACUGCUCUUUAUCAAAACAAGGAGGCAUCCAUGGGGGCGUUGUCAUAUUCUCAGGCCAAGCAUUUUGAAAUUCAGAAUUUCACUGAGCUGAUCUGGAACAAACCUCUCACCUCAGGCCAGAAGGGGACAACUUCUUUUUGCUUCCUCUGAUUAGUUUCCUCUGCCAACAUUCCAGUUCCCACCAUCGGUUCUGCGGCACUUGGGAUUUCCUUCCGUUCUCAAGGUCCAGCUGGGCAGUACAGUUGGCCAGUUGAGUCUUCAGUGAGGGGUCAUUGGGAGUGCUCUUGGUAACAGUCCUGGUGUUGAGUGGAUGUGAACUGUUGCUUGGCAGCGUAAGUGCCUUGUCUCACCUUGCUUCUACUUUUAGGGACAUCAAGUUUGUACCAAGGAGUUUCUCUCUGCCUCCCAAGUCCCACCCCAUUGCCUUGCCCUCCCCAAAGCAGUUUCUUUUGCAUUGGCCAGUUCUGUAUUCAUGCGCUCCAUUAAUUUGGAUCAGCGCCUCCUGAUCAGCUAAGGAAAGCCCAUUUAUCAAGAACACUGGGAAAGCCCAUUUAUCAAGAACACUGGGAAAUGAGUCCAUUCAGAUGGUAGCUUUCUGUGUCAAUCGGUGUUUUGAGCAAACAUCACACUUUAGGGUUUUGUUUUGUUUUUUUAAACCUUUGCAUCAAAAUGUAGGAAUUGGGAAGGUGAGUAGGAUUUCUCCAUAGUUCUAUGAUUCAGGCAUUAUUUUUCACACUUCAGGUUUGACUGGAUGUUGAGGACUUGUCCAUCUUGGAAGGCUAAAGGCAGAGGAACGGGGUAUGGGGCACUCCCUUGGAGCUCUCAGAGUUGUAGACAAGCUGGGUGAAGAAACAUGUACUCUGCCCCAAAUACUAAUAUAACGGGGAUGUGGUCUGUGUGGCGCUCUUGUCCCUCUGCAGAGUUCCUCCUCCUCUCUUCAGAGUUACAGUGAAAGCAAACUGCACAGUUUGGGUAAAGUCACAGUCAGAUGGUGUCAGUUUGGCCUGGCAGAUUUUGCUUAUGGAAUGGUUGCAAUCUGACAGGAGAAUAGGGAUCAAGUUUUAAAUACUCCCUUCUCUUUUUUUCCCUAGAAUUUAAACGGCCGGAUUUUCCCCUUUUCCCCUACUUGAUACCUUUUUGUGUUGUUGAAAAGGGGAUCUAAGCCUCAGACUGACUUAAACCUCUGGACGUUUUUGUUGCCUGUUAAGUUUUGUGCCAAGGAAAUAACUGCCCCCGUGUUUCAUGUCUUGCCUCCUCUGAGUCAUUGGCAGAGCAGAGAGAUGUGUCAAGCAGCUCCAGCUUCUUUCGUUGAUCCGUCCUCUCUUCUCAUCUCCAGGACUUCAUGGAAGCCAGGGGAAAGUUCCCUGGGUUAUGUCUGAACUUAGCGCCUGUGAUUACGGGGCAUGGACGUGAUUGUGGGGCAUGGAUGGGUGCGGUCGAGAGUGCACAGGUGUUACAGCUAUGUGUUGCUCAUGUUCCUAAUUUUGGCAACUUGACCCUGUACUUGGGGUCAAUCUGUACAGUUACUUAUGUCAUUGUAAUGAUUUCACUUCUAACUGUGACAUUUUUAUCAAAUGUGUGAAUAAAUACAUAAAGAUUGGUAUAAGAGUGUUUGUCUUUGGACAUGUGGGAAAUCUUGUACAUUGGGCUUAAUGUUUCUUCUGAUGAGAACGUGGGAGUGCUUCUGUUUAGGGUUGGCACAUGGCAGCAGCAAGGUGUGGUCUUGGUAGCAUCCAACACAGAGCUAACUGCCUUGCAUUGAUUACGAGCCCUGUUUAGGUAGCCAGUGUGGCAAAUGGAAACAGACCACCUAUUUCCACUUCCUUGUCUUCAUCUACUAACCCAUAUCCUUUGCUUUUAAAGAGGAUCAACUUGAGGAAACUGUGUUUGAGCUUUGCUGACAGUGAAACUUGGGAGAGAGCAAGGAAGGGAGGAAAGGAUUUGAGCAAGCCAGGUCUAGUGUGGGAGGCAGACUGGGAUGUUGGGGAGAGGGAGGGUGGUGAGUUCAAACCCCACUUGGCCUGGUGGGAAGUAGGGUCACACAGGCAGUUCUGCUAGAGUGUAAAUUUGUUGCAAGACAAUGGAUACAUCAGAGACUUGAGCGCAUAACGUGAAUUUUGAGUUUAUGUGUGAUUCUGCCUGUGGGAAACACUAAGUGAACACAGAUGUACACCUGAACUAUUGAAGCUCUUUUCUCCAAAUUGUUCUAAGGUAAUCACAGGAAAGCCAUCCCUCCUUAUAGACUACUUGUUUGAUGUAUGCUUUUGGGUGUGCACGUGUUUUUAUAAUCAAUUUGGAGAGUUGGUGAUUCUGGCCUCCGCCCGGCUGCAGAGGCCCCUGCACAUGGCAUCCUUGACAUAGUUCUCCGGGCUCUGUGUUAACACUUCAGCUGAGAAGCAUUUGAGUUCUUACUGAAAGCAGCAUUUCCAUUGUUGGACAGGUCUAGCUUUCAGGAAGUCCUUUAACAUAGAGUCAAAAUGUGCCACCUCAGUGUCUUACCAGUGGGUCAGGCCCUGUCUUUGGAGCAACACAAGGAAAAUGUUUCCAUGGGAUAGUACUUCACAUUCUUGAAGGUGGUGUUCAUGUGACCCUUAACCUUUUCCCAGAUUUUGUGUUGCUAACAGCUUCAAAAAUCCUCCCAACUCUUUAUUAUGAAAAUGUUUGGAAAAUUGAAAAAUAAUAAAACCUUGUAUCCCCUUCCCCUUUGCUGGUUGGUCACUUGCUAUGGUGUGUGCUUUGUCUUUAUAUGAAUACACUUUGCUGUGGACUGAACUGUGUCUCCCAAAAAUUCACAUGCUGAAGUCCGCAUGCCUGAUAUGAUAGUAUUGGAGAUGGGGCCUUUGGGCGGUGAUUUGAUUUAGAUGAGGUCGUAAGGGUGGAGCCCUCCGUGAUCGGAUUUGUCCCCUGAAGAGACCCCAGAGGUUUGCUUGUUUUCCCUCUCCACGUGGUGCAGACACCGUUGGGUAGCCUGGCAAGCCAGGACCAGUGUUCUCACCGGGAACAGGUUGGCCAGCAUCUUGAUCUUGGACUUUUAACCUGCGUAACUAAGAAAUAAAGUUCUGUUGUUUAAGCUA